AACAAAGCAAGAGAACUUUCAGUUAACCGUGUGCUACCAAUCGGUUGAAACGCUUUUAUUAGUGGUUUCUGUUUGAAAGCGCAAUUUCUUUGUGUUGCCUGAAACUUGAAUUUUUGGAGUAGAUUUAUAUAAUUUCAUUAUAUUCUUUAAAAGCAACCAUGUCUGCAAGCAGUUUGAGGAAAGAUGCAGAUGAGUUGUUGAGGCUGGCCAUGCUUACUGAAAUAGAAAAUGUUAAAAGGAUUUUAACAUCAGAGGCUACGAGAUUAGUUCAAGCUGCUGAAGCUGAAGAAAAGCGCAGUCAAGGAGCUCAGAAAAAAGUUCUUCGUCCUACAUUCACAACUACUAAAUUGUACAAUUAUGGUUGGGAUCAGUCGGAGAAAUUUCUCAAAAUAUAUGUUACCAUGAAUGGUGUUCAGAAUUUUGCUGCAAAUUGUAUUAGUACUACUUUUGGAGAUAAAUCAUUUGAAUUACAAAUCAUUGAUGAAGAAAAGAAAGUGAAUUAUAUUCUAACAGUUAAUAAUUUAUUAUACAAAAUAGUUCCUGGUGAAUCUUAUUCCAAGGUUAAAACUGAUAUGAUUGUAGUGUUUCUAAGAAAGGAAUCUAAACAAACCUGGGCAUUUGUUACUGAAGCAGAAAAGAAAGCCAAAGAUGCCAAAACUCCUAAAUUUGAUAAAGAGGAGGAUCCUGGUGCAAGCCUUAUGAGUUUGAUGAAGCAGAUGUAUGAAGAAGGUGAUGAUGAUAUGAAGCGCACUAUUGCAAAAGCAUGGACUGAAGCAAGGGAGAAAAAAUCACCUGAUGAUAUAUUGUAAAUUUAUAUCGCAGUUCUACAACACAUUUUCAUGUUCUGCAAUCACAACGAUGUAAUGAAUCAGUAGACAGGAAGUAAAAAGUAGUUUCUGUCAUCUUUUUUUUUUUUUU